AAGGUAGCUGAUGCCCAGCCUUUCUCCAGUGACAAGUGAACAAAAUGACCGUCAUCAAAAUUUGUGAAGGAGGGACUGUGCUGUGUUGAUACACUCAUCAGAGUCAGAAAGUCCCCUGCUGUUUAGGAAUUACUCAAAGUGAUGAGGACGAUUGAUGACAGAAUAGUACACGAAUUAAACACUACAGUUCCAACAGCUUCCUUUGCAGGGAAAAUUGAUGCCAGCCAAACCUGUAAACAACUUUAUGAGUCUUUGAUGGCAGCUCAUGCCAGUAGGGAUAGAGUCAUAAAAAACUGUAUAGCUCAGACCUCAUCAGUAGUAAGACACCUCCGAGAAGAGAGAGAAAAGAAUUUGGAUGAUUUAACAUUAUUAAAGCAACUUAGAAAAGAACAGACAAAGUUGAAAUGGAUGCAGUCAGAACUGAAUGUUGAAGAAGUAGUAAAUGACAGGAGCUGGAAGGUGUUUAAUGAACGCUGCCGAAUUCACUUCAAGCCUCCAAAGAAUGAAUAAAAAGAUACUUUUUAAAAAAAAAAAAAUGGACCGGU